CUUUGCCAGCCCAAUAGCAUACCAAGUCUCUGCAUCUAGACCCUGUUCUACGCUAGAUCCCCCACAUCGGCCAAACGCAAUCCAUGCGGAAAACAAUGUCAAAACCUUAUGACAAAGUCCUCACCUUCUGGUUUGGCCAGAAAGGCUCCCAAGAGUAUCUUCAACAAAAGCCAUUUUGGUACGGAAGUCCCUCCGACGACGCCUACGUUCGCAAGCACCUUGGAUCCGACUACGAAGCCGCCAAAACAGGGGCUCUCGACGCCUGGAAGUUGGACGGCGAAGGCGAGGGUGCGCUAGCCCUAAUCCUUCUCCUAGACCAAGUCCCCCGGAAUAUCUUUCGCGAUACCCCCCAAGCAUAUGCAACGGACUCCAAGGCAGUUGCUGUAGCCCGAUAUGCCGUGAACCAGGGUUGGGACAAGAAUAUGCCUGCGAUCCAGCGACGAUACAUGUAUUCGCCGUUCAAUCAUUCGGAGGACCUGAAAGAUCAGGAGAUGUCGCUGAGGCUAUUCACAGAGCUGGGUGAUAAUUAUCAUUUGCAUUGGGCAAAGAGCUUUCACGACCAGAUCAAGCGGAAUGGGAGGUUUGUGCAUCGUGAUCGGAUCUUAGGUCGAUAGAUUAUUUGUCCGGUGAUAUACCCUCCAAGACCAUGUCUAUGGGUAUUAUUGAAUACACCGCCAUCAAAAGGAUCUAUUCGUGCCUCCAGAGUAUCAGCGCAAAUAGGAGAGCAUGCGGGUCUCCAACCGAAAGCCUCCACAACCUGUUCUAGUGACUGCCGGCAAUGCGCCAAAGCACCAGGCCUAGCUUGGCAUACCGAUUUUUAGAAACCAAAGAUUGUAAUCAGUGUAAGAUCAAUACGAAAAAAAAAAUGUAUGAGCGGUA